AUGUAUUCUCUACAUUUUAAAAAUAAUUAUAUUAUUUGGUUAGAUAUGGAAAUGAGUGGACUUGAUAUAAAUACAUUUCAAAUUUUAGAAAUAGCUUGUAUAAUUACUGACAAAAAUUUAAAAACUGUAAGCAAAGAUUUAAAUAUUAUUAUACAUCACUUAGAUGAAAUAUUAAAUAAUAUGGAUGAUUGGUGUUUAGCAACUCAUCAAAAAGUAAUUUUAUAUGAUUUAAUUUAUGAAUCAUGUUUAAAUAAAAUUACUAUACAAGAUGCUGAGCAAAUUCUACUAAAAUAUUUAAAAAUAUAUGUAAAAGAAGUAAUAUGUCCAUUAGCAGAAAGUUCAGUCUAUGUAGAUCAUAUGUUUUUAUAUAAAUAUAUGCCAUUUAUAAUUAAUAACUAUUUACAUUAUAGAAUUAUUGAUACUUCUACUAUUAAAAAAUUAAUUAAGAGGUGGAAUAUAAAUAUAUCUAUUUUAAAAAAAGAUCAUAAUCAUAGAGCAUUAUCUGAUAUAAAAGAAAGUAUAAAAGAAUUAUAAUAUUAUAAAAAUAAUAUAUUUAAUUCU